UACAAAUAAUUAUGAAAAAGUUUCGUGUCCCGAAGUAGGAAGUACAGAAAAGAAUAUAUGUAAGAAUAUACAGUAAUGGAGUCGGUUUUCUUUAUUAUCUGGAAGGACAUGAGGACUUGUAUAUUCGUUUUCAUUUUCUUAACAUAUUUAAUCCUACUGGUAGCGGCACAAAGUAAACGACCUGCAUUUCAACAAUUACAUAAAGAAAAAAUUAAAAAGCCUAACAUUUCAAAAAACAUUUCCAUCUGCGAUCAGCAGGCCUGCUGGAAGCUCGGGCAAGAUAUCAAGCAAAGUAUGAACCGCAAAGUGAACCCCUGCGAUAAUUUUUAUGAAUUUGUUUGCGGAAAUUGGAAAAAUAGGUUUCCUGAUAUCGCAACGAAACCUUUCUUCAAUCGAAUCGAAAGAGCCAAGAAUGCCAUAAAUUUACAGCUCAAAGAAAUUAUAGAAGAACAACCGCGCAAUGAAAUUCGUUCCUUGAAGAAAGCCAAAGUGUGGCACAAGAUGUGCAUAGACGAUGAAACCUUGAAACGAAUAGGAGUUGAACCGAUUAAAACAACUCUGCAGAAGCUAAGAGGAUGGCCUACUAUAUUUCCGCAUUGGGUGUACCAUGAUUGGCAAGACAUUAAUGAUUAUUAUACCACCUUAAGAAGCGGGUCAUCAUCUUUCUUUAAUAUACAAGCGAUGUCUGACCCAGAACAUGAGGCUGAAAAACUGAUUUUAAAGCUGACUCCGCCGAAGUUUUUAAUACCCGAGUACGUUUUAUUGGAUUUUACUACUCAUGAACAAGAAAUCGGUGCUUACGAUGACUUCUUCAGAACAGUUGUGGACACUUUUCUGCAAUCCAGUAAUAUUCACGUUGACCAAGAAGUGAUAACAACAGAUCUAAUUGAAAUGAUGACCCUAGAAAUGCAGCUAACUCAGAUUGCUAACCGCGAAAGGCCAGUAGUCUCGCACUCUCGAACAAUGAGAAUGACUAUCAUUGAAUUGCAGCGACGAUACGACCAGGCAAAUGAUAAGAACAACCCUAAAACUCAGAUAAACUGGCUCAACGUCUUUCAAAACGUGUUGGACCUAGUUGGCAUAGUAAUUGAUCCAUUGGAAGAAGUGUACGUGACCGAUAUUGAUUAUUUUGAAAACCUCGCUUAUAUUUUGAAAAACGCAACUGAACGAGCCAUUGUGAACCACAUUCAUUGGCAAUUUGUUGUACGCUGGAUACAUUACACCACUCCGGUAUUAAGAGAACUUCUUCAACAGUUCAAGAAAGAAAUGUUCUCAGUCGCAAAUGAUGUACCGAGGUGGCUGUCGUGCAUUAAAUCAAACCCUUAUGACCGUGCAAUUAUAUAUGAAUUUUUACGGAGACAUGUGCCAGAUGUAAACAAAGAUCUGUUACUACAUAUACUAGCGAAUGUCAGGUCUGCCUUGGACCAGCAAAUAUCAAAUGCCGUCUGGAUGGAUAAACGUUCAAAAGAUGCAUCAAGGGCGAAAUUAAUGUCAAUGACUGCAAUGUUCGAAGGUCCUUCAAUGUAUCGAAAUUCUAUUGAAAUCGAUAAAUUCUAUGACUCGUUUUUAAUAGCAUUUGACGACUUUUUCCAAAACAUAAAGAACCAAAAAAGAGAUUCUUUUGCAACAACUUUAAAAAUGAAUGGUUUUGAACGUCUAGAAAAUGAAAUAUGGGUGAACAUGCUCGACAUAAAUGCCGUCUAUCAUCUCGUGCCGAAUGUAUUAUGUAAGUAACUAAGUCAAUAUAAUUUCCUGUUAAAAAUCUUGCAUAAAGAUGCGAUAAAAAUUAGGAUAUCCAUAAAGAAUGAAAAUUUUCUACACUCAUUUUGGAUCGAUAGAAUGCAAGAAAAUGAAUUUUAAGCUUCCAAGAGACGAAAGUUCAGAUAUGUAUAUAGAGAAGGUAUUAUUUUUGUUCCCUCGAAGUACUUAAACAAAAAUUGUUACUGUCUGCCCACAGAACACUGUUACAUAAAUGUUAGGUAAAUGUUACGUUUUCGAAGCUAACGUGUUAUGUAGCAUAAAUGUAACGUGGA